AUGAUAAAGAUUCAAUUGGACCACAUACAGAGGGAACAUGUAAUCAAGAUGAAGGCUAUAUCGGACCGUGAAGCUGCGGAAUUGGAUUUCGAACGAAAGCGAUACUGGUUGCUACGCUUACAAGUGAAGGGCGAUAAAGGGUCCAGUGAUGCGUUGGAUCAAAAUCUUCCCGACGAAGACUGUGAUUCGCAAGAUGAAGUGAGCAGUCAAGAUAAUAUUCCGUCUUCAUUCGAAUACACUUCGUCGGUCAGCAACGUACCUCGCAAACGAACCGCAGGUACCGGUGAGGAGCUGGAAGCCAAAUUACCUAGUCAAAUGCAACUGGAAUGGAUACGUGUCAGCACCGCAACAUGUCCUAUAUGGGAAAUUACAAGGAAGUGGAUAUCCGAUGCGUACCUCUACUGGGACGAGAUUCGCCGAACGGCCGACGCCUCCGAAGCCGGAGUGGCACAACUUUCCGCGUACAGCUUCUCCAGCACGGAUCCGUCGAUUGUGAGGAAUCGAUACAUUGAGAAGAUCCUUCCAGUAUACCGGGCUGUCACCGAACAGGAGCUCACUCUCUGCCCUGGGGACUGGAAGUACGGUUCCUUCUACACGACUGUCUUGACUGAAUGCAGACUUUUCCAACCAUGGGCAACGAAAAAAUUCCUUCGCAACGGAGGCCGCAUCAUUACCCAGAAGGUCGAAUCCUUCCAGGAGGUGGCCGGUCAAUACGACGUGGUCGUAAACUGUACGGGUAUGGGUGCUAAAAAGCUUUGCACCGACUAUAAAUUGGUUCCAAUCCGCGGUCAGGUGAUCAAAGUGAAGGCACCCUGGGUUAAGACGGCUUUCUACGCCGAUUAUGAUACCUACAUCAUUCCGGGCUUCCAGGGCGUUACGCUUGGUGGAUGCCGGAACUACGACAGUUACAAUACGGAAGUGUGCAAACACGACUCGGCUGCCAUCCGGGAACGAUGUGAGGCAUUGCUGCCCAGUUUGAAGGGAGCGCCGGUCAUCAGGGAAGCUGUUGGUUUGAGACCACACCGUGAUCCGGUUCGGGUGGAACCGGAACUGUUGGAGCUGGCGAGGGGACGAGUGAAAGUGGUGCACAAUUACGGACAUGGAGGAUACGGUGUGACGACUUCGCCGGGAACGGCCAUUUAUGCCACUGGGUUGGUAACAGACAUGCUCAAGAGCAAUAGCAAAUUGUGAGUGAGAUAUGGUACAUUGGUAUAUAGGGUCUUGUACCAUUUGGGCAGGUG